UCUAUCCUUCUCCUUCUCCUGCUGUGGCCAUAUUUGUUGAUGUGUCAUAGCAUUGAGUAGUUGGGCGAUCAGCUGGAUAAACAGGGUGCUGUGGCCGAAAUUGCACGGACAUACACGAUGACUCGUUGGCACCUGAUUUGAACCGUAAGCGGAGCAUGAAACAUCUGGCUCCGACUACAGCUGCACAGAAAAUGGAAGGAUCACAUGAUAAAUUAGCAACAGAGGAAAUACGUUCUGGAGACAAGUGUCAUUGUAGUGUGUCAAAUGUCGAAGAGGAGGAAUUAAUCUUUGAGAACAGUGAUCAUGCCGUGAAGACUUGCAAUCAGGUGAAAGGUGAGAACCAGCUGGAAAGUGGAUUAAUCAAGACUGAAGAAGGAGCUCGGAUAAGCAGUGAGCACCAUCAUGAUAUGAGAGAGAUAGCUGCUGAUGUUGAAGGUGAUGCUGGGAAAGUUUCUAGUGAAACUGACAGACUUCCACUUAGUCUUUCAAAUGAGGCUGCUGCUGCCAGUCAGGAUGUAGCAGAAAGUCCUCCUGUUAUCGAAGGGACAAUGGAGACCUUAUUGACUUUUGACGCAACAGCUCAGCAUGACAAUGAGCCACCGUUGGAGUCACCUGCUGUCGACAGCAGUCCUUCACCCUCUUCUGUCCAAAGCACUUCCAAAAACUCCCCUGCAGACUCCUCCACCUCUGGGAUCUCUAACGGACCGUCCACUCCGAGCUCCGACACGCUCAGCUUCUUGCCGGCCUCAGGCCCGCAGACCACCGCCAACGUCUCCAUCCCCUUACAAUCCUCGUCGAGCCCUUUCGACACCGACUGCAGCCGAAAGCUUAUUUCCCAGAUCCAGCGCUCGUUGUCGCAAGAGUCGCUGUUGGAUGAGCUGGAGUCAGAGCUUUUAGCUUGCGGGUUGUCUGAAAGCGAUAGCAGAGGGAAAGGGAAAGGGAGCUCCCCUGUCAAUGGACUCCCAGGAGACCAGGAGGGCUGCAUGGACGUCUUUGAGAAGUGUGUGCAGUACAAGUACACUCAACAGGAGAAGGCUAUUCAAAGGUUGCUUGAGGAGAACAAGAGACAUCAAGAACUGAUCCUGGGUAUCUGCUCGGAAAAAGACAACAUGAAGGAAGAGUUGAAGAAGAGAGCAGAAACAGAGAAGCAACACAUGAGCUCCAUUAAAAAGCUGGAGGGGCGGGUGGAGGAGCUUCUGAAAGAACUGAAGGAGUCGCGGGAGAAACUGAUCCACCAGGAGCAAUCGUCCAAAGCUGCUCUGCAGCAGCUGCAUAGGGAGACCUCUCACAGGAUAGAACAGGUGAACAAGAAGUGUGAUGAGGCACGGCAGGAGAAGGAGGCCAUGGUGAUGAAAUAUGUGCGGGGGGAGAAGGAGGCUCUGGACCUGAGACGGGACAAGGAGAGUUUAGAGAAGAGGCUGAGGGAAGCGCUGAAGGAGGUGGACCGCCAAGCGCUGCGCGGGAACCAGCUGGCUCAGGAGAAGGGGCGGCUGCAGCAGCUAUAUGACGCCAAGGAGGGUGAGGUUGGCCGGCUGACACGAGAAGGGGAAAAGUUAAAAGAGGAGAUCAACUCUCAUCUAAUCAAAGUCAAAUGGGCCCAGAACAAAUUAAAGAGUGAAGCAGAUGCUCAUAAGGAAACAAAAGACAAGCUGAGAGAAACGACAUCCAAGUUGGCUCAGGCCAAAGAAGAGACGGAACAGAUCCGAAAGAAUUGCCAGGACAUGAUCCGAACGUACCAGGAAUCAGAAGAGCUCAGAUCCAACGAGUUGGACGCUAAACUGAAGGAAACUAAAGGAGAGUUGGAGAAACACAAGCAGGAGCAAACAGACCAGUUAGAGAUGCAUCGAGCAAAGGCUAAAGAGCUAGAGGACCUGAAGAAGAGUUACAAAGAAAGCAUAGAUGAGCUGGAAACACUCCGCACUAAGUUAAAGUGUCUGGAGGACGAGCGGCCGCGGUGGGAGGAUGAGCUGACCAAAUACAGGGAGAUCAUAAACCGGCAGAAGGCUGAGAUCGGCCGGCAGAGAGAAAAACUGGACGAGGUCACUGCGCUCCAGGAGCAGCAUGAACGGGACAAACAGGAGAUCACCUCUCUCCAGGAGGAAGUGGAGAGCCUGACCAGUCAGAUGGCCGACCUCCAGCGCGACGUUCAAGGCAGCAGGGAGCGUGAAGCCGAGCUGCUGGGCUUCACCGAGAAGCUGAGCAGCAAGAACGCCCACCUGCAGUCGGAGAGCAACGCGCUGCAGUCUCAGCUGGAUCAGGUCAGCAGCAGCUUCACCGAGCUGCAAGCGAAGCUGGAGGAGACCAGCAGGCUCCUGGAGGACAAGUCGCGACAGCUGAAACAGGAAGAAGUGAUGAGAGGCCAGGAGGUGCAGGGCCUGCAGGAGGAACGGGCGGCGUUGCAGACAGAGGUGGCCCAGCUGACGACCAGAGUGGAGGAGCUGAGGGACGAGCUGGUGACCCAGAAACGGAAACAAGCUGCCAACAUCAAAGACCUCACGAAACAACUAACACAAGCCCGUAAAAAGUUGGAGCAGGUUGAGAAUGGCGGCUGCGACCGGGACGCCAGCAGUAUGGGCAGCCGCUCCAGUUCCUCAGGUACUGCUCUGAAAUUUGGUUCCCUAAACGCACGCCAAGGUGGGAGCAGCAGCGUUGAGGAGCGGUCGCCAGAGAGCCAGUCCGGUCCCUCCGUUAUGGUGGUGGACAGCUUCCCAGAGGUGGACAAGGCCGUCCUCGUGGACCGGAUUGUCCGUCUGCAAAAGGCAUUGGCGAGAAAGCAGGAAAAGAUCGAGUUCAUGGAGGAUCACAUUAAACAGCUGGUGGAAGAGAUCCGGAAAAAGACUAAGAUUAUCCAGAGCUACGUGCUAAGAGAGGAGUCAGGGGCCCUCUCAUCAGAGGCCUCUGAUAUUAACAAGGCCCACCUCAGCCGGCGGGGAGGCAUCAUGGCGUCGCUUUACACCUCCCACCCGGCGGACAGCGGCCUGACCCUGGACCUGUCUCUGGAGAUUAACAGGAAGCUGCAGGCAGUGCUGGAGGACACGCUGCUGAAGAACAUAACUCUGAAGGAGAAUCUGCAGACUCUGGGCUCCGAGAUCGAAAAACUGAUAAAGCAGCAGAAGAAUCCCGCAGACGGAGUCAGGAAGAAGUGAAAAUUAACUACUUGAGCAACUUCUACUUCUAUUCCCGACGAAUGGAAGAGCGUCGUAAGUGCCGGUGAGACAUGGGACCUCUUGAACUGUUUCUGUCUAUUUGGAGGAAAUGUCUGAGCUUACUUGAACCGUUGCUACUCCAUCCACAUUGUGCCACCUCUAUUUAUAGACCCUGACACGAGAACUUUUCUUCUGGCCCACAUUUUCCUCCCCAAAGCUUUGCCAAGAGAACUCUUCGGGGCUCUUCGGACUUGAACUUCCUCCUCGUGUUGUUGUGAAUGUUUAGCUAAACCUCCGUGGAAGCUAAUUGCCAGUCAAACAAUUCAGGGUUCCUAUCCAUUUUGGAAAGAAAGUGUGAAAUCUGGUUUUAGUAUUUUUCCAGGUGUGGAUUAAUAUGGAAAGAGAAGAGCUUAAGAAAUUUUUUUAUUUUCAGACUUCAUUGCCUGACCCGUUUUUAAAUGUUUUUUCUCUGACAUUUUUUCUGUGUGCCAUAAAAUUCUGUCUAUAUUUUGUCCUCUUCCUUUUUAUUCUUUCUAUUCUUACUUGUGCCCUUUUUCUUACUUCCUUCCAUUUUAUUUUAUUUUCUUCUAUGUAUCAUCCUUUCUUCUUUCCUCUCUUC